UCUAAUUAGUUCAAUGUUCAUUCAAAAGUUGUGAAGUGUGUGGUGGUGUGUGUGUUGCGGAGAGUUAAUUAUUUUUUUACGAAAAAUACCUUACUUAUAACCAAAAUGUCCGUAGCAGCUAAAGGUAUAUUCAUCGUGGGUGCCAAGCGCACAGCUUUCGGCACCUUCGGUGGUGUGUUCCGUAACACAACCGCUACUGAGCUACAGACUACAGCCACUAUCGCAGCCCUGAAGGAGGCUGGAGUCGCCCCCGAGAAGGUCGACUCCAUUGUCGUGGGCCAGGUUAUGACGGCAUCUCAAACAGACGGUAUCUUCAUUCCCCGCCACGUGAUGCUGAAGGCAGGCAUCCCUCAGGACAAGCCAGCGCUUGGCGUCAACAGGCUCUGUGGUUCUGGUUUCCAAUCAGUCGUCAACAGCGCACAGGAUAUUUUAACCGGUUCUGCCAAGAUCUCCAUCGCUGGUGGAGUAGAGAACAUGUCUCAAGCUCCCUUCGCAGUUAGGAACGUGAGAUUCGGAACAGCUUUGGGUUCAUCGUAUGCUUUCGAAGACACAUUAUGGGCUGGUCUCACUGACUCUUACUGCGGUCUUCCCAUGGGUAUGACUGCUGAGAAGCUCGGAGCACAGUUCGGUAUCACCAGGGAUGAGGUUGAUAACUUCGCUCUGAGGUCCCAGCAGAGAUGGAAGGCCGCCCAAGACGCGGGUGUCUUCAAGGCUGAGAUUACUCCAGUGACCCUGACUGUAAAGAGGAAGGAGGUCAAGGUUGAAGUGGACGAACACCCUCGUCCUCAGACCACCAUUGAAGGUCUUAAGAAACUGCCUCCUGUGUUCAAGAAAGAGGGUCUGGUUACCGCUGGUACUGCGUCUGGUAUCAGUGACGGUGCCGGUGCCAUAGUCUUGGCUGGUGAGGAAGCUGCCAAGGGUCUGAAGCCCCUCGCCCGACUAGUAGGCUGGUCCUACGUUGGAGUAGACCCCAGCAUCAUGGGCGUCGGUCCAGUGCCAGCUAUCGAGAACCUGCUCAAGGUCACUAAGAUGUCCCUCAAUGAUAUCGACCUGAUUGAGAUCAACGAAGCCUUCUGCGCUCAGACCCUGGCCUGCGCCAAGGCUCUGAAGCUUGACAUGGAGAAAUUGAACGUGAACGGAGGUGCCACUGCCCUAGGACACCCUCUCGGAGCCUCGGGAUCUCGUAUCACCGCACACUUGGUGCAUGAGCUCAGACGUCGUGGUCUGAAGCGUGGUAUUGGCUCCGCGUGCAUCGGAGGGGGCCAGGGCAUCGCGCUCAUGGUGGAGACCGUCUAAACACCGCAUACCUUAAGUGAACGAGUGAAUGAAUGGAACGAAUGAACGAUUGAACAUAAGAAGCAAAUACAAUAUUAUUCGUCUGAGAAAUGUGAACCUAAGUUUUUUACUAAAAUCAAUAUCUCUCAUCAUGAAAUUAUAAUUUAUACAAAUCUGUGUAUAAUAAUAUAUUCUUGUCAUUUGUUAUUAUAUGGCUACUGCCAAGAAUGUAAAUAAAUGAUAUUUAUCUCGUCCAUAAA